UACCUUUCGUCUCCUUGUUGCGGUUGUUCUGCAGCGGUCGUAUUGUGGAGACUUGCAGUUCCAUUGCGCUCUUCAGACUUCGCUGUUUGAAUGACUGAUUUGUCGCAACAUCAAACCUCAUCGCGUGCGUCUCUUCGUUCAUUAUCAACUUGCCACUCUUGCGCGCACCAAGUAGACAGACCGGUUUCAAGAUCCCACAACACUGUGUUGCUAACUUUGAAAACGCUCAACACAGCAUUUGUGUCAUAAAAAAACUUGAUAUUCGUUUCACUUUCUUUUCAGGAUUCAAGGGGAGAGGCUUCUGUGAGCCAUGGCGGAUAUCGAAGCAUCACGCCCAACAUCAACGGAAGGGCAAUCUCAUGACGAAGAGAAGGGAUAUGACACAACGAGAAUUGAGAAUGAUCGCGGAACCAUCAAAAGCCUAUUUCACAAGGCGUUGCAGUUGGUUCAAGUCGAAGAGGAAGGUAUCAAGCCAAUCCCGCUGGCGGAGCGGACAUCUACUCGGUACCUCAACGCCUUCACUGUCUGGUGUUCCAUGAAUGCCAAUAUCCUUCCGAUAACGUUUGGAAUGCUGGGACCGUCACUCUUUGGCCUGAAUCUUCGAGACUCGUCCUUUGUUAUUCUCUUUUUCACCUUGCUCUCGACGCUGGCUCCGGCUUUUCUUGCCACCCUGGGUCCCAAGACGGGCAUGCGAUCAAUGAUUCAAGCGCGAUAUAGUUUCGGACGGUAUCUUGUCUCCGUGCCUGUGGUGCUUAACCUAGCCACACUGACGGGCUUCUGUGUCAUUAUCUGCGUCGUCGGCGGCCAAUGCCUUUCUGCCGUUACCAACAGUGCUCUCAGCCCGGAUUUAGGUAUCGUGCUUAUUGCUCUCCUGUCCCUUUCGAUCUCCUUCUGUGGGUUCAAGGUCUUGCAUUUCUACGAGACCUAUGCUUUCAUCCCGGCAGUCAUUGCGAUAGUGAUCGCCACUGGAUGCGGAGGCUCGAGACUCCGGGAACAAACCGACAUGACUCCUGCAACAGCUUCAUCGAUUUUGAACUUCGGUAUGAUUGUGUCAUCUUACAUGAUUCCAUGGGCGUGUAUUGCUUCAGAUCUUACCACCUACUUUGACCCCAGGGUCCGGGGUGCUUCGUACCGUGUGUUCGCUUACAGCUACAUCGGUUUGGUUCUGCCCACCAUUCUUUUGAUGACGCUCGGCAGCGCCAUCGGUGGUGCCAUAGCCAAUGUGCCUGAAUGGCAAAAGGGCUACGAUUCGACACUUGUGGGCGGCGUAUUGGCUGCCAUGCUUGCGCCAGCAGGUGGGUUUGGCAAAUUCGUCGUCGUUGUUCUGGCAUUUACCCUUCUCGGCAAUAUCUCCGGCACAAUGUAUGCCAUCACACUCAACUUCCAGACAUUGGUUCCUUCGCUGGUGCGGGUUCCUCGCUAUGUCUUCUCGAUCGUGGUCACAGCCGUCAUGAUCCCAGUUGCCAUCAAGGCCGCUGAUGACUUUUUCUUGAAUUUGGAGAACUUUGUGGCAUUGAUCGGGUACUGGUCUGCGUCCUUCGUCGGCAUCGUCGUGGUCGAGCAUUUUGUUUUCCGCAAAGGAGAUGUCGAACUGUAUGAUUACCAUAGUUGGAACGUUACUUCCAGUUUACCCAGUGGUGUUGCGGCUCUUGCUGCGGGCAUCCUGAGUUUUGGCCUCGUUGUUCCCUGCAUGGCCCAGGCUUGGUGGACCGGACCAAUUGCUAAGGUCACUGAACACUUGAAAAGCGAGUUCUCCGCCGAUAGAUAUCGAUGA